UUGUUUCGACUUGACAGCGACAUUUGGCGGGAAAAGGAAGCCAUUAUGGUUUCAAGUUUAUUGAUUCGAUGUACAAUAUAUGUGAACUAAAAUGGCCGUCCCAAUCGGAAAUGGAAGAUAUUACAAACUUUUUGCGGGCAAUUCCACGCCAAAACGCUUGCUCAUUGCAGAACUUAGCGAGCCAGGAUUGCUGUCAAGUUCAUUCAUCCAAGGAAUUGUGGGGCAAGUUUUCCCCAUAAAAAGUUCAGAGAGGUUUGGCAAGCUGUGUAAGGUUGUUUUGCGGGAAGAUUUGGAAAAGCGAACUCGAAAGUCAACUUGUGCCACCAUCAAUGCUUUCCUGUUAGGUGAUCUGGCUGAUGAAGGUGAAAGAAUUAAAGAGGGCGAUCGUGUGGUUUUGUCAGAGGUUGUUGUAGAAUGUUCUCCAACUGAUGAACACCAAUUUCAGCUCAUUGCUUGGCGAGAAAAAUCUCAGGCAUCCAUUUGGGUGAUAAACAACAAGGGAAAUGUGAGAGCUAAUACUGCAAGUGGUAAUGAAGAAACUGUGGCGAAUGAUACUGAAGAUGGAAAAAAUCUUACAUGCAGUGCUGAUGCUGGUGAAGCAGAGACAAUUGUGCAUGAGAUGUCAGGGUCAGAGUUUGACUCUGUAAAGGAGACAUCCAUCGGUCAAGAAAGUAGAACAAGAUGUAAGCUUAAGAUACCUGAAAGGAAGAAAGGGAAGUUUCAUCUUGGCCCCAAAGGAGUCACACCUUCGACUUCACGUGUACAGAGGAAAGUCAGUGAUGCUGUUGUUAUGAUUGAAAGAUGUGAUGCAAAAGUGACUGAAGGAGUAAGUCAGAAAGAUGAGCACUAUAAACUGCAGUCUUCAGCAAUGGGAGCAAAUAAGGAGAAGAGCAGCGAAAGGCCUCCUACACCUGGGACUCAUUUGCCCAACAUCGCAGUUGAGACAGCUGGACAAUCUGUGCUCAUGUCACAGGCAGGUGGCGCUGGACAUUUAAGCCUCAGCAUACAAAGUAGUAGUCCAAAUCAACCAUCCAAUGUGCAGUGUACUCACAUUGAGUUGUCACCAGCAGGAGUAUCUACAAGAAUUUGGAAUGGUGAUAGGAAGGCUGGGCAAUUGAGAGAUCAGUCUCAAACAAGCACAGUGCCAACUGAUUUGCCGCAACUUAUGGCUCCAGAGCCUGGUUCUUUAUCAGUUGUUGAGGGCAGUGUGAGUGCUGGAGGGAACCGCCAGAUUAUUGAUAAGGAUAUUACACAACAGAAAACAGAUGAGCCACAAAUUUGCAGUGAUGAUACACUCAUGCCUGACUUUGAACAAGAGGAUCAGGUUUUUAUAUCAGCCCGCAGAAGAUCAUCAACUCUCUCUGCUGUCAAUCAAAGAAGUCCUGCAAAAGGGCUGAAUGGAAGACCUGGGAACCCUGGUGCGAUUCCCCACCAUAUUACCACAGUCAAUGAAGAUGUGUCACUCAGGACCAGUGUGAGGAGUUUUAUUCCUGAAGACUACACCCCAGUAGCGAGUCUGUUGGCCGAUCAGGGAUCUACUGAUCAAGGCGGAGUAAAGAGAUGUGCUCCCAACCCAUUGCUUGAUGUGAAGCGACUGAGAGCUUCUCCUGGAUCUUCUUCCCUUGACCAACCCGUUAGUUUACGUGGUGGCCAGCGUACUAGGAAGAAGUCCUCCCGAGCGGCCGCAGACUACACUGUCCCUCCAGGUUAUACUACUUUGGCUAAUCUAAAGCCUGAAACCGUUGUGAAUAUCUAUGGAGUGGUGAAAUCUUUCAAACCGGCCUGGAAGUGCCGUGGCACCGACAUGUGUUCUGUCCUGAUGAUAACGGAUCCUACUGCAGCUGAUUCCACCUCUGGCCUUGAGUGUGUCUUCUUUCAGCAGACCAUCGGUCGCUUGCCUGCUGUUCACAAGGUGGGAGAUAUCGUGCGACUGCACCGCAUCAAGAUUUCGCAGUACCAGGAAAAGCUUCAAGCCAUGUCAUCCCGUGGAUUUGCAGCGAUCGUCUUCGACCGGGAUAGCGAAUUACCAGUUACAGCAGAAAUGGCGAGGGUGUCAAGCUUUACCUUCUCGCUUACAAACGAAGAUAAGGACACUAUUCGGUGCUUAAUGGAUUGGUGCGACUGCAAUCCGGCCAUGUUUCCACCUACUAGCUUCGUUUCUGUUGCGGAAAUUAGCCCAGACUGUUACUUCGACUUGGUCUGCCAGGUCCUUGGUGUCGCAUUACACCGCACUCUUGACUGCGUGGUACUCUUUGUCACUGACGGUACCCAUCCGAAAUGCGACAUCCGAGAGUGCGCUGGCGAUGAGUACAACGUGGUAGAGCCUCUUGGUAGCCACCGCUCGGAGAAGGACGGCGACGUCAUCUCUGUGUUCCUUUACGGCGCUUACGCCGAAGUCGCGCGGCUUAUUGUAAGAAAGGGGAACUAUCUGAUCUUUCAUAACUUGCAUUCCCAGGUCCUGAAACAAGGCGGGUCUGUCUGCAGUGUGGUGGACGUUUUGAGGCCCUAUGUCGAAUUGUGCAUUCAUAGGGGCACCAGUUAUGGGCGUGGUCUUACCCUCCUGUCCGAUGACUCGCCAGAGGUGAAAGAGAUCAAGAAACAACUAAAUGUGUAAUUUGACUUGACUUUUACUUUUAUUCCUAUGCCUUUUAUCACUUACAGUUUUACUGCUGCUUCUCCUUGCAUGAAUACUCCAUUUUACCCUUCUCUAAUCCACAGUUCAAGUUUAACUCCAUUUUUUAACCCUUCCCCAGCGAAGGGAAUAAUUAACUUUUCAGAGACUCGUCCUGUGACGAUCUCAAAAUUUUUCAACUUUCAAUGUACUGGCUGAUUGUAAACAGAGAACGUUCUCUUUGAGUUCAAGCUUCGUCUCCUUUUCUUAAACAAACAAGAAAUUCGUUUACUGGCGACCCAAAAAAAUCGUAACUUAAAACUAUGGAUGUAUGUUUCUCCUAAUUUGGAAGAAUAAAAAAAAACUUUUCUCGAACA